AUGAGAAUUGUUUCAUUUUUCAGAUUUCUAAGCAUUGCAACCAUUACUACCAUUAGCUUAUGCAAUGGAAAUUUGGGUGUGCCUUGUAAACAAAAUGAGAGACAAGCACUUCUAAUGUUAAGGCAAGAUCUUAAGGAUCCUUCGAAUAGGCUUUUAUCUUGGGUUGGUGAGGGAGAUUGUUGCAAUUGGACUGGAGUUGUCUGCGACAAUUUAACCGGUCAUGUCCGUGAGCUGCACCUUGGAAAUUAUUAUUCAGAUGAGUAUCUGAAUUACAGUUUGUAUCAAGAAAGCUCUUUGUGUGGCAAGAUUCCUAGCUUCUUAGGUUCUCUUAGAAGUUUAAGAUAUCUUAACCUCUCAGACUCAAAGUUCGCUGGAAUAAUUCCGCAUCAAUUGGGAAAUCUCUCGAGUCUACACUCUCUAGGACUCUGGAGUAAAAGCUACUACGGGAUGAAGGUUGAGAAUCUCCAAUGGCUUUCUGGUCUUUCGAGCUUGCAGAACCUGGACAUGAUUGGUGUUGCAAACAUGACAAGGCUUAAAGUUGUUAAUCUCAGGUGGAACAUCAUCUGGGGUACCAUACCUCAAUGGUUGUACACUUGUAGCAAUUUUGAGUCCCUAUCCCUUUAUUUGAAUCUCUUGCGAGGUGAAAUUUCAAGUUCCAUUGGAAACUUGACAGCCAUUGUCAAUCUUGACUUGUCUGCUAAUCAAAUUGAAGGGAAAAUGCCAAACUCAUUGGGAAAUCUUUGUCCACUAUCCGAUCAGCUAGGAAAUUUCAGACAUUUACGCCUCCUUGCUCUUUCGAAUAAUUCAAUAUCAGGUCCAAUUCCAGUGUCCUUGGGAAAUCUGUCAUUCCUAGAUGAGGCAAGCAUUUCUGAAAAUCAUUUUAAUCGAACUCUUACAAAAAGUACUGGUCAACUCAAAAUGGCAACGGUGUCUCAUGUAAAGAAUAUAGCCGGUCGGGAUCCUAUAAAUGCUAUUGCUGAAUGCAUUCCUAGCAGCCUUCAUUCUGGUUCAGGGGCGAAAAUUAAGAGGUUAUCAACUAAACAACUUGGCAUGCCCAGGCCAACCUGGGUCCAUGCAGGACAUAUGAGUGGUGCAAAAGAAGAUUAUAGAUUAAAGUUUCACCCUAUAGAUUCUUCAGAAUCAAUCUCAAAGUUCUCUGACUAG